AUGUACACCGGAAAGGCACCCCCACGAGCCACGGCUUCAGAAAUCGUUCCGACAGAGCCACCGAUGGGUCAGCCUAUCCGCGUGAUAGGAAAAGAACCGUGGAAUACCAUGGACCCAAAGUCGCGUGUCAAUUUCCUCAAACUCUAUACCGUUGAGCACAAUGUCAAGGUGGAGGACUUUGGUCAUGUCGAUCCCAACGACGAGUGGACACUGAUGGCCCAAUUCAAGUCGCAUUGGGGAAUCGAGGAUGCGGAACCUCUGCCACCAGCUCGUCAUACCAAGUUUUACGAUGGUCAUACCUUUAGGCCAGCUCCAACCCAAACACGACAAGAUUCGUUUACUGAGUCGAGUCAAGCUCCAGGGUGGCAGGCUGGGUAUGGACCGGACUCAACAACACCCACGCCUACAGUGCAAAACCCAGAACCAUACCGCCAGUACCAAAGUCCGGGCACGAGCGCAUACGCAAGCCCAGGCAAUGCAACAUACCAAGCAUCCAACUAUCCGUCUCAAGCUUACCCGAGCAGUGCAGCUUACCAACCAAACACAAUACACACCGGCAACGAACAGUAA